AUGCAGGCGUUGAUAAGCGUAGAGGGGCUAGAAAGAGAAGUCUUGGUCGGUAGGCAGAACAGGGCUAAUGGUGUGUAUAAGCCCAAAAGGAAAGGUCCUUGUCAAAGGGAUCUACCAUGGACGAGAAGAAAUGCGAGAAAGAAAGGGAAAAGGGAUGUGAAGAGAAAUGAAGUCAAUGACACCACACCAGACCGACCGGAAAGGGAAGAAGUAGCUACCAUUUCACUUUUCCGUUACAUGCUUUCCCUUGUCACCAACUCUGAUGUCACUGUCAACAAGAAAGAGAGAGAGGGGGAAGUCAGGGUGAGGGAGGAGAAGAAAGGGUGUCAGGGACGAAAGAAAAUAGAGGUCAAGGAGAGCAAGAAGCGGAACUAUAGAGAUGAUAUGAAAGUUUUGUCUUGCGAAUCGGAAGAUGUCCAACAGCCACGAAGGAAGGUUGCUCCCAAUCUCCCCAGUCCCACCCCGGGGAGUCUACAUUUCCAUUUCCUUUGUAAAGCCAUCACUGAGGCACAUCAGCCUUUAUUUAAUCCGACGAAUCACUUACUCCCUCCGGCAGUCCCUGGGCGGCUCUCGGUUCUUGAGCAAAUAGCAAUGAAAGGGCACUCGAAGCAGGUUGAUAAAUCAACGUUUUCUAGUAUAAUAUCCCCACCCGAUAAUAUUGACGAGGUGGUGGGGCUGGUUGGUUCGAUUAAGGAGAACUUUAAUCGACUUAUCAGUUGCUAUGCUCCUUGGAUAAAACAUAGGUGUGAGCAAAUUUUAUCGCUAAACUCGUCUCUGAUCUUCUCUAUUGUUUUGGCUGCUUUCUCUCAUAUGGGUCUUUUCCCAACCGCUGUCAUGUCCCACUGCGCUAGUUCUACUGUGCUUUCCUUCCUUGGCCUAAGAAAGAUCAGAAGAAUUGACAAAGACUGGUAUCAUCCCUUUUGUCUUGUGAACGGAGUCGACAUAGGGUAUGGACAGUCUCCCAUAACAAGAAUAGGAAUACGCGAGCCUUCCAGAUGUGUUUGA